CAAUCAGCACCAAGUAUUCAAGUCACGUGAUACUCUCUCCUCGCCGUCUCCUCAGCCAUUCGCCCUGCUCCCGCUGACGUGACGGGUCUCCGGUUGUGUUACGGCGGUGAAGCGGUGUUGCGUCUGUCCUCGGCGGGCAUGUUGUGGUGGACUGCGGUGUGGGGGGAGAGGUGGAUGCCUUCCUUCUCUCCCCUGCCCUCCCUCCCCGCUCUCUUCCUCGCAUGCCUGCCACCCUCUCCCCGCUCUUCCUCGCCUGCUCUCCCCUGCCCCUCCUGUCCCAGACCUCGUCGAGAAGACACACACCUGGGCGUCUCCAGGAUCCUUCUGACACACAGGGAGGUGUAUCACUCCGCCAGCAGCAAACUUGACGUCAUGGGCCAGGGCAUGCAGCGGCGUGCAGUGCGUGGGUAUGGUGACUGUGUGGCCUCUGAUAUAGAGGUGUAUGAGCUGCUGGACGAGAGAAGAGCAAACGAAAAGUAAACAUGGGAUUGCUGCCGCCUCAGGACACUAGGAGCAUUGCGGAAGCGCUGAGGAAGACAUCACAACCCUUGACACAGCGAACACAACUCUGUACUGAGGCUGGCACUGGCUUCUCCCAACACCUCACGUGGUCAUUGCAACAAAAGGAGGUAACUCCUGCCUCCAGCACCACCGCCAUAUACUCGCCUCGCUCUCUCUCUCUCUCUCCCUGCCGGCCAUAUUGACACUCAGGUAACGUGAUAUGACCAGUGCCGGGAAUCUGAUGGCGCGGAAUGUGCUGAGGAUAGUGAAUGGGGGAGAAGGCAUGAUGCUACUCAUGCUGCGGCCUGUCUCCCUCCUGUCCUGUCCAGCUCCGCCUCACGCAGUCCAUGCCCCCGCCUCCCUUCGCGACCCGUCUUGUGUCACAUCAUGCGGCUGUUGCUUGCAAAGGGCGGGCUCGAGCUCCAAAGUUUAUUAGCCUUAGCCCUCGACAUGUCACUUAGCACACACACACACACACACACACACACACACACACACACACACACACACACACACACACACACACACACACACACACACACACACACACACACACACACACGUGCCGGCCUCACCCGCGCACUAAUAAUGGUAUAGUUCAUUCUGCUACUUUGUUUUUCCGUGGCAGCAAAGAAUCCAGUAUUUGUGAAUUCGUAUUUAUUGUUGAAAUUUAUCGCUUAUUAAACAAUUACGAGCAUAAAUCAAACUGCGUAAUGCGAUUAAAUCCUUGCGUUAAUUGCCUCCGAAUGAACAACAACAACAACGACGACGACAACAACAACAACAACAACAACAACGAUAAUAACAACGACAGGAAAUAAAAAAAAAAAAAAAACGAAUGAAAGUUAUUGCUACUUGAAUUAUGUGAAGUGAAAUUGAAACAAAUAACAGGAACGACUGUAGGUGAAAAUAGGAGGGUAAGAGAGAGAGAGAGAGAGAGAGAGAGAGAGAGAGAGAGAGAGAGAGAGAGAGAGAGAGAGAGAGAGAGAGAGAGAGAGGAACGAAAGAACAAGGUGUGUAAUCAAUAAAAAAGAAAAAAAAAGCAGGGUCAGGCCGGGAUUCCGCUGUAGGAUUUCAAUUCUUCAUUUUUGCAUCUUCCUUUUUUCUCUCCUCUCACUCUGGACGACCUAUGAUAUGCUGUAGCUGGCAGGGUGGCGGUGGUGGUGGUGGUGGUGGUGGUGGAGGAAGUAGUAGUGGUAGUAGUGGAGGAAAAAAUAAAAUAGUUUACCUGAACUCUUGUACUGGUGGUGGUGGUGAUGGUGGUGAUGGUGGUGAUGGUCAGCUCUCCGGGAUAUAAUGAACCCAUGAAAGCUGAGCGCGGCGGGCAGCAUUACAGUGAGGCUGGCUGGCGGUAAUUGUGAAAUGG